GCUUCGGCUUCAACGGUGCAGCUUGCCAACCUAAACCGAUAAUAUCGCUCGCUCGCUCGAUCCAUGGCGGGCGUGGUGCAGACCGUGCAGUGCGACCAGCCGAGCAAGCAGCAGCUGACGGAGGCGGCGGAGGCAGCGGCUGCGGCUGCGGCGGCGGCGUCGCUGAGGAUAUUUGGGUACGAGGUGGGGGGUGGUGGUGGAGGAGGAGGCGUGGCGGCGGCGGCGGGUGCAAGGCGGGAGGCGGCGGACGUGGUCGUCGGGGCGGGGAGGAGGUUCGAGUGCCAGUACUGUUGCCGCGAGUUCGCCAACUCGCAGGCGCUGGGCGGGCACCAGAACGCGCACAAGAAGGAGCGGCAGCAGCUGAAGCGGGCGCGUCUGCAGCUCGCCGUCGCCGCCGCGGGGACGCCGGCGGGCAUGGGCUUCGCGGCGGCACAGGCGCCGGCGCCGCCGCCGGGGCACGUGAUCGCCGUAGGGCAUCACGCGGGGUCGGUUGCCUCCUACGCGCUGCCCAGGUGGGUCUACCUCGCGGCGCACCACCUGCAGCCCCCGGCGGUGGGCCUGCCGUUCCACGCCACCGUUCAGGCAGCAGCCGGCGCGUGCCACGGCGGCGGCGACGUCGAGACGCGGUUGCUCAGCGUCGCCGCCGCUGGGCGGGGCAGCAGCACUGCAGGCAGCAGCGCUCACUCGUACGAGGUGUGUGCUCCUGCGGCUCCGGCGGAUGACAGCGACGAGGAAGCCUCGGCGAUGGGGUUGGACCUCCAUCUCAGCCUAGCUCCGGCGAGCUCGGCAUGACCGGCCGGUGGCCGGGAGUAGUAACUUUAUUUGGUGCACCGCGGCCGACUUAACAUGUAACUAUUCUCGUGUGUAUCCCCUUCAUUUUCUUCCCAUUUUUUUAGGGCAAACCCUGUUAUUUUCGUUGUUUGCACAUCUCGCAAAAAUGCAAGAGCUCGAGAUAUAUACAGUACAUGCUUGAUCAAUCAUCAAGCUAAUAUACCUAUGUAUACUCACACAGUUGCCCCCAC